AUGCUCCUCCUCGCCAUCUACGCUCUGACCUUCGCCGUGGGUUUUCCCGCCAACGUCUUCACCUUCAUCAUCCUCCUCGCCAAAAUGCGACGUCCCCGUCCCCAUCCCCACCUCACCGCUGCCAACCUCCUCCUCCUCCACCUCAACGCCGCCGACCUCCUGGUCCUCCUCUUCCUCGCCUUCAAGACGGCCGAGGCGGCUGCCGAUAUGCUGUGGCCCUUCCCCAAAGCGCUCUGCCCCAUAGCGAACUUCUGCUUCUACUCCAGCAUCUACCUCAGCACUCUCUUCAUGGCCGCCCUCAGCGUGGAGCGCUACUUUGGGGUCGUGUUCCCGCACCGCUACAACCGGCGCCGGAGGUUGUGGAGGACGAUGGCCGCCAGCGCCGCCCUUUGGGUGAUGGCGUUGUCCCACUGUUCCAUCGUCUUCGUGGCGGAGCACUACAGAGAGUUGGGGGUCAACGGGUCCGAGGUCGACGGCCAAAGUGGUUUGGGGUUCGACGAGAUCAAGACCUGGGGGUCUGGGGAGGGCAAUUCCACUCACGUUGACCCCGCUGGGCUGAAGGCGGAUGAAUCCCGUUGUUUUGGGGUCGGUGGGUUCCACCUCGGGGGAUUUGGGUUGACCAAACCUAUGGGCACCGACACCGACGUCCCCAACGCCGUCGCGAAUCCCAUCCACAGCAUCUCCAGCCCCGAGACCGACCUCGACAUCUCCCCCCUCCGAUUCUCCCCCUUCACAACCCCAAACACCCCCCACAUCCCCACCACCGCCCCACGGACCCCCUCUGAGACCCAACCCCAGUGGGGCUACCGCUGCUACGAUCAGUUCUCCCCGACCCAGCUGCGCUUCGUUCUCCCGCUGCGCCUCGAGCUCUUCCUCGUCCUCUUCCUCCUCCCCUUUGCUGUCACCGUGUUCUGCUACGUCCGCCUCAUCCGCGCCCUCCUCACCCGACCCCACAUCCCGCCGCAGAAGAAGUACCGCACCGUGGGGCUGGCCGUGGCCACCAUGGUCAUCUUUGGGGUCUGCUUUGGGCCCUACAACCUCUCGCACGUGGUGGGCUUUGUGCAGCAGCGCAGCCCCACGUGGAGGCCCUACGUUCUGCUCCUCUGCACCCUCAGCGCCGCGCUCGACCCCUUCAUCUUCUAUUUCUCCUCCAGCGCCGUGCGCAGGGCGGUCAGUGGGGCAGUUCGGGGUGCAACGUGUGGGUUUUUGGGGUCGGCGUGGGCAGAGGGGGUGAGCCCCAACCAGGAGGAGGUUAUGGGGUAA